AGGUAUCUCUUUCGGCAAAACUUGGAAGUACGCCUUAUUUCACUCCUUUCUGUUUCCCUCCAAAUGCGGGCCGGAAAACAAGUUCUGGCCAUUUCCUGCAAAGUUCCGGCACAAUUAGGUCACGAUACCGAUCAGUUAAUUAUUCGCUCGGCUUCCAGUCAUACCAAAGGUAUCAGGUCAAAUUAGAAACUCCGGCAAUGAUCAGAGAGAUUCCAGUCGUUUUUCUGCAAAAACGUUUCAAAUAUCAGUUUCUGGCAUUGCUAUUUCAAAUUCUGGCCAAAUAGCCUUAGAUUCCCGCCACGAGCUCGGAUUCUGGUUAUGUUCUGGCAAAAAUGCGUGAGAUCCCGGCGGCUGAAACCCUAGCUGGUUUGUGUCGAAAAGAGAAGAGGAAAGCAGUAAAAAGGUUGAAGAGGAAGCAGCUAAGAAAGGAGACUGCGUUAAAGGAAAGGGAAGAGGAGGAGGCUAGGGCAAAUGAUCCUGAAGAGCAGCUGCGAAUGAGGGUUAGGGAGCAGGAAGAGGCGGAAAGGUUGGAAAGAGAGAGAAAUGAGUUUGAUGAGAGAGAGAGGCUUUGGAUUGAGGCUGCAAAGAAGAGGGCAGAAGAAGAGGAAACGAGGAAAGCCUUGGAAGAAUCAGAGAGGAAGCAGAUAGAUCAGGAUAAUAAUGGGGCAGAGGAAAAUGAUAGUUGGGAGUAUGUUGAAGAUGGUCCAGCUGAAAUUAUCUGGAAAGGGAAUGAGAUUAUUGUGAGAAAGAAAAGGAUCAAGGUGCCUAAGAGAAAUAGCAGCCAGGGAAAAAUCCAAGAGGAUGUCGACAAGCCUAAGUUUAAUCCUCUUCCUCCACAGUCUGCGGCUUUUGCUGACCACAAGAAGAUGGAGUCCCUCCCACUCCAGACGAUUGAAAGUGUUGCCCAACAAAUUCCAAACUUUGGAACUGAGCAAGAUAAAGCUCACUGUCCAUUUCACCUCAAAACUGGGACUUGCCGUUUUGGGACCCGGUGUAGUAGGGUGCAUUUUUACCCAGAUAAAUCUUGCACAUUGCUCAUAAAGAAUAUGUACAAUGGACCUGGGCUGGCCUGGGAACAGGAUGAAGGGCUCGAGUACACUGAUGAAGAGAUGGAACGAAGCUAUGAAGAGUUCUAUGAAGAUGUGCAUACGGAGUUCUUGAAAUUUGGGGAAAUUGUGAAUUUCAAGGUUUGUAGAAAUGGAUCUUCCCAUCUCCGUGGCAAUGUUUAUGUGCAUUAUAGGUCCCUGGAUUCUGCAAUUCUUGCAUAUAAUUCAAUCAAUGGCCGGUACUUUGGUGGAAAACAGAUAACAUGUGAGUUUGUUGGAGUGACCCGAUGGAAGGUUGCAAUAUGUGGAGAAUACAUGAAAUCAAGGCACAAGACUUGCUCUCGUGGAAGUGCUUGCAAUUUUAUUCAUUGUUUUUGCAACCCUGGUGGAGAUUACGAAUGGGCAGACUGGGAUAGCCAGCCUCCAAGAUACUGGAUUAAGAAAAUGGAGGCCUUAUUUGGUCCUUCACUUUACUGGGAAGAAUUGCAAUAUGAUAAGCAUUCAGAGCUUCAGCGCUCUAGCUCUAGGAAAACAUCAAAUGAAACAAGUGUGACUUGCAGGUAUCACAGUUCAAGGUCUAAAUCGCGUGACGCUGCUCGAUGGAGCAAUGAGUCAGAUGCAGAUUUUGAAAGAAAAAGGGGGUCCACACCAAGCCGAGAUGGAGCAGGAUAUGAUAAAAGAAGAGAAAGGCUAAAUCACUCUAGGAGUAGGAUAAUGUCUACUGUCAAUGGGAGUCGCACUUCAAGGUUUAAAUCACAUGAGGCUGCUCAAUGGAGCGAUGACUCAGAUGAAGGUUAUGAAAUAAAACAGGGGUCUACACCAAGCCGAGAUGAAACAGAAUAUGAUACAAGAGAGCGGCGCAGACACUCUAGCACUAGGAGAAUGUCUAGUGUCAAGGAGUCUAAAUCGCAUGAAACUGAUCGAUGGAGCGAUCAAUGGAGCAAUGAGUCAGAUGGAGAUUAUGAAGAAAAAAUGGGGCCAACACCAAGCCGAGAUGUAGCAGGAUAUGAUAAAAGAAGAGAGGGACAAAAACACUCCAGUAGUAAGAGAAUAUCUUGGGCCAAAGGGCACCAUUCUUGCAGGUCUGAGUCACAUGAGAGUGAUCAAUGCAGUGAUGGUUCUGGUGAACACUCUGAUAAGAGUGCGGUGAACCAAGAAGAGGAGAGGCACCGUAAACAUAGAGAGUUGCAAAAGCACUCUCGGAGGAAAACCUCCCGCAGCACUAGCCACCACUCUAGAAGGUCUUUAUCUAGUGAAGCUAAAGCAAGGGAAGGUGAUUCGAGUGAAGACAAUGAGAGGAGUCCAUCGUCAUUGAGCGAAGAAGUGGGGUAUCAGAAGAACAGAGAGCUGCGAAAAUACUCUAGCAAGAGAAAGUCAUCUAGACAUGGCAGGGCCCACACCAAGCAUGCUAGAAGUUCAUGGGAUUGUGGACAAGAUGGAGAUUCUGAUGGAAAUGAAGGCCCUUCUCAUAGCAAUCGAAGGUCCCCUCUAGAGGAAGGCUAUAGUGACCACAAGAGGCACAAACACUCCAGAAAACAUAUAUCUGUCAAUGGUGGUCAUGAACACUGAAGACAAAGGCAUAUGGCAGUUGGUGAAGAAGAUUGGCAAAGAGAGGGAAAGGGGGAAGGAGGGCUGCAAGGGGAGAGAGAGUAGGUAGGUGCGUUAAUGGGUGUGGUGGCGGGUCACAGGGCUGAUGUUGGUUGAAGGCGUGGCAAGGACCACGGGGAAUCAAGGAAGAGAUGGUUAUUGUGAAUCGGUUGGGGGAUGAUACUGAGUUGUUUGUGAAAGGUAUAGGCUCUCUCUCUCUCUCUCUUCCUCUUGUAAAUACAAAGUAGAUGUUACACAAAUCUUGUUCAUUUCUCAGUCUCUCUCCAUUCGUCAGUCUCAAUUUGGCCUUUCUCUUUUUCGAGGUUAACAUCUCUCUCUCCAUUUUGUCAGUCUCAAUUUGAUAGUAUCUCCUCUCUCUCUCUCUCUCCAUUUUUCAGUCUUUGAUAGUAUCACAUUUUGAAGGUUAACGUCUCUCUUGUUCUGUUAAUGUUAACUACGAAUUUCAUUGCAAAACAAAGAAGCACAUAAAACGCACAAUUAUAAGA